AUGAAUUUUAAUUGUUCGGAUUUAUGUAUUGAUUCGGGGUCUGGAGUUUGGGAUAACAAGACCUCGAUAUAUGAUUGGAUUAAUUAUUGUCAAUAUUGUAGAAAUGCGAAUGGAUUUGAAAAGUAUCAUCAACUUCGUCUUGGACAUUCUUGUAACAAUACGAAACUAAUAGAUUCUCGAACUAGGAUUGUGGACAUUAUUGAAUCCAUUCCAAAUGAUAUUAGAUAUUGUGGAACGGUAAAUAUAGGAAUUCCUCUUGUAGUUGGUCCAUUAAUGGACAGUUAUGCAAUAGUUUGCUAUUGCGAGAAACAUAAUCGUUUUGAAUUUGAAUGUGUAAAACAUGGAUGGGAGAAUAUUCUUAAAGAGUCAUUGGAUUUUGGAGGCCUGAUUGUUUUUUCUCUGUUAUUCAUUGUGACAAUCUCUUUGCUACUCAUCCCAAAAUCAGUCAAUUAUUUCAAAAAGGUACCAGGAUUCACAAUCCUUAGACUAAUUCCCUCACUUGCUCUAACUUUCUCUUCCCUAUGUUACAUUGUCAAUUAUUCCCUUUAUUUCACACCUAGUUUUGCAGUAGCGACUACGUUUCUCAUGAUGGCACAAUUGAUGCAGUUUUAUUCAUUAUUCCCAAUUGUAAUGAGAUGGUAUGGAAUGGCCACUCUGAUUAAUCAGAAUCAACAGGGGAAGCCAAACAACUAUUCCAUUAAGAAGGUAUAUAUCAUUGCUGUGAUUUUAUUCUUCAUUGCUGUCUUGUUCGUAUGCUUUGUGACAGUUGCCAUUCCAUUAUUAAUUGGAGAUCAAUAUUUUCUCUAUACCUAUGUUGCGAUUUCGUGGUUGAGUGAGGUAUUAUGCCUAUCCAUGUUUAUUAUUACUUCACGUAGAGUGAAUUCUGUAUUGAAAAAGCUGUCUGACAUUGUUUCGAAUACUGUUCCGUUUAUCAAGCUCUCUAACUUUUCCAUACUUUUCGUAUUGGUAAUUUCUUUUAUUGAUCUGAAUGGAGUAUUUGCAAAGCUGGUUAAUGACAGAGUAUUCCUAGCAUACACUCAAAUAUUAACAGAUGUUCUUUAUUGCAUUCUUUUUUGUAGGAUUGUAAUAUUUGAUUUUGAUUAUGAGGACUUUAAGAUUUUCAAAAAGCAAACCAAUGAUGCUAAUGGGAAAAUUGAAGAAAUUAAACAGGAGCUAUCAGUAACCACAAAUAGUCAUGAACAUGAAACAUCCAAUUCAUCUAGCAGUAGUUAUUACUUGUUGGACAACUAA